UCAGCACAGAACCCGAUGGCGGGGCUUGAACCCACGAACGCGAGAUCAUGACCGGACCCGAGCUGAAGUCGGACGCUCAACCGAGCCACCCAGACGCCUCGACAAGGUGUUAGUCUUGAGGCUACUCUUUCCCGGACCCGUGUCGCCACACUGCGUCUUCCACAUGACCUUGGCAAAGCUCAGAUAUGGGGCUGACCGCAGUCCUCCCUGGCUAAAUCCCUCAGCAGCUCCCCAGUGCCUUUUCGAGGAAGGUCACCCUUCUUGGCUCGGUACACGACCAGCCAGCCUACACUUGGCAGGUCCCUCUGGCGUCCUGCUCUGUCUGACCUCUAACACCUGCUUGACCUUCAGGUCUCCAUUCUCUCUGGAGCCCUGGUGGGGUGCCCUGUGCAUCCCCACAGCCUGUGUGUGGACGUUCCUCUAGAAUGCAGACCGUGCAUCCUGUGAAAGUCCCCCCGGCGGUGAGCGUCACAAGGGCACGGUACAUCUAUUAUCUGCCCUCUGUCUCCAGCUCUCUGCACAUCACUUGGCAUUUGCUUUAAAAUGAUCUGCCAGCCCCGGGAGGGGCACUCAGUCCUUCCAUGAUCAGACACCUGGGGAGCAGGACCAGCCGGUGCACAAUGAACUUGUGGCUCCUGCUGUGCCUGGUGGUGGCGGCCAGCUUUGUGGGCAUCUGGUGUCCUGUCCACGCUCAAGGUGUCUCGGAGGACUGUUGCCUAGCCUACCACCGGCUCGAGAGCCUGGACUUUCUGAAGCGCGCCCUGGGGUACCAGCGCCAGGAGGUGAGCGGCAGCUGCAACCUGCCGGCUGUGAUAUUCUUCUUGCGGAAACACAGGAUGGUGUGCGGCAACCCCCGGGACAAGAGGGUGAAGUACUGGACACAAUUCCUGGAUGCGCGGAAGGCAAAGCAUCACAGAAGCCGCCUGAGAACCCCGUCCGGGGUUAGCUGGCCCCCCAGAAGCAACAAGACGAAAACUGCCCUCCAGACGACAGCUCAUCCAGAUCCGUGAGCCCGAACACCUCCAGGAUUAGCCAGCGCGAAGGUGGGCCGGACCUCUCCCCGCCACAACUGUCCCCUGAGGCUCCAGGUGCCCCAGCCUGUCAUUCAGGUCAGACCUCAGUGCCCGGGGCCUGAGCCUGCUCUUGGCUCUGUCCUAUCGCUCCUGCCACAUCCUGCUCCUCAGGCAGCUGGAAGGAAAGACCUGACCUUGCUUCAGGCCCCUUGCCUGCUCCAGGAACCAGAGUCAGCCGUAAGCAGAGGGUCUUGUAGGGAUCAUCUGGAUUUGUCACCCACCGCAGCCUCUUGCCGCCCACCCUGGGCCACGCCUGCCUGUGUCCCUUUGGGUCCUUGCAAAGCUCCCGACCGUCCCGGGACGCUCCUCCCAGACUAUGCUUUUCUAUGAUUUUUCAAUAAACGUUAUUUAAAACA